AUUCAGGGUCAUUGACAUUGUGACUGCUUAAAUGUUGUGAAUUAUGACUGAAUGUGACCAGGAAAGCACCAUAAAAUAUUUGCGUUUCGUCUUAGACAACUGUGAAGAAAAUAAUAAGUACCUAGUUUUCGAUCAGGUACAUAAUUCCCUCCGGUCCUUAUUGCUUAGGAAAAAGAAAUUAAAAAAUGAUGAAGUCGAGUCCAUAUAUAGAACAUAUAGUCAUCUGUUCGAAAUUUCUGCUAACGUUGAUAGGUCUAAAGCCUGUGUUGAAUUCCUAGAUGACAUGAGUACUGUUUUGUACUUGAUCACAUCUGAAAAUCCUGACUGUAAAUUAUGGUCAUUGUUGUCUGAAGAAUGUUGUCUGGCUUUUACUUCAGCUCUAAAAACCUUGUUUUCGUCUAUAAGAUACAAGCAAGUUUCUAACUUCCUUAAUUAUGUAGUGAAGUAAUGUCAGUUACUGCACCAGAAUGUCUGCCGAUCAUCAGCCACAUCUGCUCCUUCUUAUUAGAUUUGAGCGAAUAUUCCAAGAAUCGAAAUGUGUGCUGCAAUUCACUUAGUACUUUGUCACUUAUCGCCCUCCCUGUAAAUGCUUUUCAUGAGGUGAAUGAUGACGCUGAUGAUUUACUCAAAGGUCAUCUCGCCAAUUCGUUAAAGAGCUUCUUACCAGGAUUUUCCCAAUCAUUCUACAGAAUUAUAACCGCCAAUCAUAAGGUGUGGUCAAGUAUCAAAGUGGCUGCAUUCAAUGCUUGGUCUUCCAUACUGAUUUCUGUUUUUCAAAACGAACCUGGUUCUAAUAACGUGCAAAAGAGUAUGUUUCACUGUUCUAAAUUCCAUUUUAUGUAUAUCAUAUCCCUUAAACUCAGAGGUAUAUCAUGAGGAGGAUAAAGUUUCAUAGAUAUAUGCAACUGAUUUUUUUGUUGCAUGUAUCCUAAAAUAUAUUAACCAUUUUUCAACACUACCUGUAUGUAAGGAUCUCUUCUAAAAGACUGGUCUUGCACCUCUAAAUCUUGUUAUAUUUGAAGGCAAUAUUAAGAAACAUCCGUUAAACAAUAGUAAUCAGGUUAGCAAAAUAACACAUCAACUUAUGUAUCUUCAUGGUGGUCGCAUAUUAUUGUGUCCAGAUUAACUUGUAUCCUUUCUUAUCGUCGUUACUUUACAUACUUAUAUGUACAUUAAAGUCAUUCCUAUAUAAUAUAGUAGAUCAAUUUUUAAGGUAAUUGUCAUAUCCCGAUAAGAAUAAUGAAUGGUAACUCUUUUUGACGCAUUUUCUCUAGGGCUUGGUCCUGACUCAAACAACUCUACGCAAGUAUAUAACGCUUGCUUAUUAGACCUACUUCCCAAACGUUACUUAUUUUCAUACAGCGGACCGUCUUCUCUGUCAUAACGAAAUCACCAGACUAUUUCAAUGAAAAUACUUUUACCUUAAAGUUCUACAGCUCCAGUCGUGUCGUCUGGAUAGCAUUAAGACUAAAAGCAGCAAGCAAUAAAAUAGACACCAGGGUUUGAAUAAGGUCAGAGUUAAGUACCAUCAAAUUAAAGAAUCACUGGCUGUUCAAAUUUUCUGAGAAACUACUUACCUUUUAGUUCGAGCUGUGGUUUAGGAUUUUGGACGGGUUAUAUGGUCCCAAAUCGAUCAUGUUUGCGCAUUUAGAUUUUUCAAAUCCUGAGCUAAUUAUUACGGAAAUUUCGUUCCUCGACUUUUUCUUGUCCUGUUCGAAUUUUAUUUUUCACAACGGACGUUUCAUCCCACUUGAUAUUUAUCAUUCUUUGCUUCUCAGAUUGUUGGGUUAUCCUUCUGAGUUGAAGUGAGGUGUAACAACUUGAACGGAAUACGUAUUCUUAAAAGGUCUAAUGUUUAAUAUGACCAGAUAAACUGCCUUAUGCUGUAUUAGAUUUUAGUGAACAAAAUACGUCAUUGUUUCGUAACAAUUUGGAUUGGAAAUUUACGUGAAGUUCGUGUUUCAAUUUAGAGAGCACUUUUUCCGUUACCAUACGUUUUGUGAUUGAAGGGAUGUUAAAAUUUGGUGAACAGCUAUGAAAUAUGAAAGAACGUUGUUCAAGUUUAUUAUUGUACAAAUUGUUUUUUCCAGUUCAGCUAUCGGAAUAAUGUAUAGUAAAUUUGCAGACUGCUAACAUUCUAUCACUUUUGUUUUUGAAUCAUUACUCUUAUUUGGUGGGACAACUAAAUGGGCGGUCUAGAAUUUAAACGAAGACUGCUACUUGGAAUGCCAAGCUUGUUGAUGAGUUAGUGAGUCCUCAUUGACUAUGGUGAAUUUUACUUGUGUUACAUAAAUGGGACCGAUGCCUAGGUCGAUGUACAAUGCUAUCCUACACAAGAUUAGCCUAAGGAAGAGCUAAGAGCGGCUAAGUUAAAGUGUGACUGAUGGUCUAAACUCACUCGAUAAGUGUACGCUGCCUAGUUAGAAUCCGCGCGAUAACUGUGUCCAUUGUUAGAAAACCCUGUGUAAAGUAGCAGUGACACAGAUGCAUCUAUACUUUAUCUUCCGUUAGGUUUUGAGUUAUUUCACUCCAGAAACUCAUACUGUUUGAACCAUACUCCAUAUAUUUAGUCUUAAUAUCAUUGAUAAUCUUAAACAUAAGUGGAUGGUGGUUAGCAGGGAUGCUAGUUGUCAUCCACCUCGGCUUAAAAUGCUUGUGAUUUAACGGCAAUAUUAAGGCACAUAUGCUUAAAGAGACUGUUAAGUUGUGAUCCUAAACGUCAAUCAUAAGAUCUAAACAACCAAUAUAUAUAAACUAUUAUUUUGAUUCCCCCUCGUUCCAGCUUGUUAAGUUCAUUUCGUCAUCCUGACGUGUUGUGGCAACCUGGGUUGAUUCACUGUUGUGUCACUUUAAAUUAGUUGUGAAUGGCUAGUUGACAACAACUUUGCCCACCGAUCGGUCCUAUCGUAGUAUAGCUUUCAACACAGUCAGAUAUCUCAGAGUUUGAAGAACACUUAAUCUUGUAAUUUAGUUUUAUCAUUAAACUUUAUAACUGUUAAUGGUUGUUUUCCGAUUGGUGAUGAAGAUAUGGUUUGAUUAUGGAUGAGUUAAUUCCGCAUUCUGUUAGAGGUGUGUUUUGAUUGUUCGUUAUCUACAAAAGCAUACUUUAUUUCGUUUUAGCAAAGUCUACAAAAGAGUGCGAAAAUUUUACUUCCGAGUGGUUCAAAACAACUCAAUCUCACUUAACGUCUUUGGUUUCAAAAACUGUCGAUAGUGUAAUUCACACUCAGCUGGAGCUAGAUGUAGACAGAAAUGUACGACUAUCUGCUGCGUUUACACACUGGCUGGGUGUAUUACUACUAAAAUGUCAUUCACUGACCAAUAUUAGAGAAAGUCAGCACCUUAGAUACACUGUAGUUUCUGGUCUGCUGAUGUUAGCUUCACAGUCAUCUUUAAAAAAUUCGAUAUCAAACCAAAGUUCUCUCAAAGAAAGUAGUCUUCUGGCCCAAAAGUUAUUGAGUGAUUUCACCACAAUUCAUGAAGGGGAUGUGAACUCUCUUGUAGUUCCUAAAUCACUUACCAAUCUUUUCGGUCAUGAAUUAAUAAGAAAGGCUGCUUUUGAUUCUUUAACAGAACAAGUAAACUUUCUUUUGAGUCAACUAUUCAGUCUCCUAGAUGAAUCGCAACUACAGAAGCGUUUAAGAACAAUCCUUGGCCACUUAAAUGUUCUGGAUCCUGAGGAUAUUUGUACUUUUGUUCAUUCAUCUGAAACUUUUCAUCGCUUUUGUUCUGCUUUGGCCAAAUUUUUGAACUUUAAUUUUAGUUCUGUUGAGUUGCAAGAAUUAAUCUAUUUGUUGCCACUCAAUUACGAUCAUAGUUCUGUUCAUUGUAUUCCCGCAAACUCUAUACUACCGUGUAAUUUAUUCCGGAAGUCAUUUCAGUAUUUUCGUGAUCAUUCAACAUUGAUGAUAAUUCAGGCUAUUGCUGGAAAAAUAGCAUCUCAAAGAGAAACAGUUGACUUAUUUUUGGAUACAUGUCGAGAUAUUAUGGUUGAAAGUGAUAAUUGUUUACAUAAUUCAUGUCUUCUACUUAUCAUAGGUGCGAUUGCUGGUUAUAUCUCUCGCGAUAAAAUACCAUGGAGUGAACGUGAAAACCUUUGUUUAAGCCUUAUGAGUUUAUACUUUGAUCGAGACGUAUUAACAUUACCUACGCGUCCAUCUAAGUGUGUGAAUACCACUAGUGACAUUAUUAUCACCAACGGUAAUAAUGAUAUGGAUUAUUCGACAUCACUAGUCCAUUUAUCAAAUGAUAGAAUACCUACCAAUCAUCUGUCUAAUGUAAGCACAUAUAAAUCAUGGCCACCUAUAAAUUCUAAUGAGAAUCCUGCAAUAUCUGAAAUAAAUCAACUUGGAGAUGUGAAAAUGAAGUCAAUUACAAUCUGUUUAUUACUAGAAAUGUUUUGUACUGUUUCACAGUUGAAUACAUUAACAGUUAAUAAUGACGUUGAAAAAGUUCAUACUGAUCAACAUUUCACUGAAUGCUUACGUAUUGGUUUACUUCCAACUAUAUCAUUUGCUUCACGUUCUGAUUUAAUCGGUCAAACUGCACGAGUUUGUUUAGAUCAAGUAGCUAAGAAUUGUAAAUAUUCAAGCGUAAGCGAACUGAUUACAGCUAAUGCUAACCACUUAGUUUCCAGUAUAACUCUAGAUUUACAUCGCGUUAACUUAUUGACUAUGACAAAUUCAUCAAAUGGUAACAAUGCAAUUUCUCUGUCGAGUGAAGUUGAACAAAGCUUAUUAUCAGCUUGUAAUGCUACAAACGCUUUGUUUGAAUACUGCACAAUCAACGUACUGCCAGUUUUAAAACCAAUGGUUACAAAAAUGCUUUCAUCAUUAGAUGUUACAUAUGAAUAUACAACGGAACUUUUCCUUACACCAUUUUAUCAAUUAAUGCAAACAUGUCGUAAAUGGAAUGAAUUAGUGACGAGAAAUAACAAGUGUUCGAACCGAGCAACUGAUUCAUCUCCAGUAGUUGAAUCAAUAACUAAUCAACAGAAAACGACAAAUUAUUCAGAAUGCAGAAAAUCACGUCUUACUGAUUUAUAUCAAAAAACAAUCAGUCUUGUAUCUGAGACACGUUCACUUCAUCACAUUAAACCGAUUAAUCAAACUAAUGAAGCCAAUUAUACUGAUACCUUAAAUCAACCAGAGAAAAUUAAGAUGGAUCCUGUGAAUGAUGAUAUGGAUAACGAUGAAAAUCAUACGUUUCCCGAUCAUUUACAAAUAGUUGAAGAAGUUAUGUUACGGUGUAUACAUUUAAUGGCUGAUGGAAAUCCUAAACUACGUAUGCUUUCUAUGAAUGUUUUAAAAGAAGGUUGUUUGACGUUAGAAAAUGAAACCAAUUUAUUAUUACCGAUUGUUCACAAAAUAUGGACGUCUUUAAUGAAACGAUUUCAUGAUAAUCACGCUAUAGUUGUUGAAAAAGCAUUCGACCUCUUGACUGUAUUGUCUAAAGUUGCUGGAAACUUUAUUCGACAACGUGCAUCGUCAGAGAUAAUCCCUCCUUUGGUGUUAUUUUUAACACGUGGUGCUACUGUAAGUGCGUCGGCAUCAAAGUCAUACAAAUACCUUACAUCUUAUCGUGUACAAAAACGAUUACUUAAAGAGAUCGGACCUCUUUGUAUACAAAUGGGAUUAUUAUCACAAUCACUAAGACCUGUGAUCAAUGUACUUGUCAUGUAUUUAGAUAAUUCACAACCGGAAGGACUACAACAGGCUUCUAUGUCUAGUAUAGAAAUUAUAUGGACUCUUGACCCUGGAAGUACAUGGGCUCUUCUUAUUAAUCAUCUUUCUGAUUCAGAUAUACAAUGCAUAUAUUCUCAGAGAUUAGUUAAACCAUUUGAAAUUAUACAAGUUUAUCAUCAUCCAAUUGAUGGACACAAAGAUUUAAAUUUGAAACUUCAGAAUAUAUCUAUUCUUUUAAACAAACUUCAUGAAAUCUCUGAUGAAAUUACUAAAUGAGCCAAGUUUUUUUUCUUUUAUGUAUAUCCCAUUAUUUUUUUACUACAAAAGAAAACUUGUAUCUGCCCUAAAUUUUAUAUCGAAUGUAUAACUGUUGAAUACUUCUUCAAACUUUUCUUUUUGUGCAAAUAUAUUUUGUAGAAUCUUUCUUUAAAAUGGAGAUAAUUGUUGUUGUGUCCAUAUUAAUACACCCGUCAAAUAUUAUUGAUCAUUGAU